UCAGCAAAUUUCCUUAAAAUAAUAAUGGAAAGGAAAACGAAGAAUUUGUAGCUAUUUUUAGCCGAUAUUCGUUUCCCCAUCGCAGCAGCAACUGCAACACCAACGAAGGAGCGCGAGAGAGGGAGAGAGAGAGAAAACCCUACCUCCCCCUCACCUCUCUCUGUUUCUCUCUUCUCCUCCGAUCCCAUGGGCAAGAUCCGAUCCCUCUUCCGUCGCCGCGCCAGCUCCAAGCCCUCUUCGCCGACGACGGCGUCGGCGUCGGCGGCGGCGGCGACGGCGAGUCCGACGUCGCCGAGAUCGCCCACGGCGACGGCGACGGCGACGGCGGCGGCGGCGGCGGCGGAGGAGGAGCUGGAGCGGGUGUUCAGGAAGUUCGACUCGAACGGCGAUGGGCGCAUCUCGCGGUCGGAGCUCGCGGCGAUCUUCGAGAGCCUGGGGCACCCGGCGACGGAGGAGGAACUGGAGCGGAUGAUGUCGGAGGCGGACGCGGACGGGGACGGGUUCAUCAGCCUCGCCGAGUUCGCGGAGCUCAACGCGAGCGCCGCGGGAGACGCCGCCGCCGUGGAGGAGGACCUGCGCCACGCCUUCUCCGUCUUCGACCUCGACCGCAACGGCUCCAUCUCCGCCGACGAGCUCGCCCGCGUCCUCCGCGGGCUCGGCGAGGCCGCGUCCGUCGCGCAGUGCCGCCGCAUGAUCGACGGGGUCGACCGCGACGGCGACGGCCUCGUCUCCUUCGAGGAGUUCAAGGUCAUGAUGGCCAACGGCUCCUCCUCCGCCGCCGCCGCCAUCGCCGGCCUCGCCAAGAUCGGGUGAUCCCCCUCUCCCGCAAACCCUAACCCUACCUGAAUCAUACACACACAUGAUCUCGAUCGCUACUCUGCGUUUCUUCUUCUCUUUUAUUCACCUUUUUUUUUGUUCCUUCUUCUUCGUCGUGAAAUUGUUGAUUUCGCAUCUGGAGAAUCGGACUUCGAUUAAUGGGAUUUGAGUAAAUUGUAGAUAAUUGGGGUUUUUUUUUUUUAAAAAAAAGAUCGAACAAUUUGCUAACUAUAGUUCUUAAUUCCAAGCAAUAUGAUGCUGCUGUGUACUGUGAUUCUUAAAUUUUCUCUCUCUGUUUUUCCUUUUGUUUUA